AUGCAGGCACGGGGGUUACCGGAUGGGGAAAUUCUGCGACGGAGGCCUUCACCGACCCCCACCCAGGAGCAAGAGGAUGUGGCUCCUGCUGGCAGAAAAGCGGAGGGAGGUGCGGCUUCCGCCUUUCGGUUACCGCGUCAGGACGAAAUAGUGCCGGAGGAGAGGGAGCUUUCUUCUGAGUGGAGGCAAGGUGCGGACAUGACGUGUCUUAUGGAAAAACUACUCGAGCAAAAGAGGAAAAUGCAGACGAUGGAGGAGGUGUUGGAUGACCUUCAUAGGGGGCUAUUCGAAGUGAGAGACGCAGCCCGUAAAGCUUCUCCAAAGCAGCGACCUCAUUCUUGCGGCGCUGCCUCGCCUCCGCAGAACGGAAACGCGGACCGGCGUGUAGGCGGUGAAGUUUGGUAUUUUGAGGAGUCCCGCUCAGCUCCGCACGCAUCGAGGGAUGGGCUUAACUGGUCCGCGGCGGAGAUGCAGGCGUGGAAGGCGGCGUCACUGCCCCAGCUGUUCUCCAUGCGGGAAAGGCUGCUUUCUUCUCUCUGCGGUGUCUCGGACGCCAUCACACGCAAAAGGUUGAGUGAAAUCAAGAGCUACGGUGCUCUGAAGGACGCGCAGCGGGAGACUGACGCCGCUAUCCAGGCCUCUAUGCAUCGUCUCUUUGGGGAGGCCUUUUGCGUUGCCUCCCUCGGGGACGCAAAGGACCUCUGCAUGUUGGCCGAAAGAGUAAAGGGCAGUGGCAUGGCGUCGUUUGAUAGGGCCGUGUUUGAAAUCAAGCAACUGACGCAGCGAGGGGGAUUACUAAAUUCGUGCGAAAUGCUACAGACAUCAUUGCGUCCUAAUUCGCCUUUUGCAGGCUGCUCGCGUGGGGGGCGAUACCUCCGCGCCAUGCGGAAUUUGCUUUUGGCGUUUGCGGUGGAUUCGCGAGGGAACAAGUUGCUGCACGCGCGUCGAACGGAGCUGGAAGCGAUUGCGAGUCAGGAGAUGGUGCACGCGGCUUUGCUCUGCGCUGCGCAGGGCCGAAACAUGAUCCCGCACAUCCCUUUUUGCCUUUUUGGCUUGAAGGAAUUUUCCAACGACCGCGCACUGGAGCAGGAGCCUCAGCGCCGUGCGCGCGCCCACACCCCGAGCGCAGGUCAUGCCACCUCCGGCAAGCAGCGUCCUCUGCAGCUCCCGCAGAGGGAGGUUUCCCAACCAGCUUUGGCGUGUGAUGGGAAUGGCCCUUCCUCCCCCGCCGACUCCUUGCCACUGCGGUUGCACAGCGCGUCUCCCGUGCGUGGGAGCGCGUUGCGGAAUCCAUCCCUUCCUUCACGCAGGCGAGGGCUGGCUUGUGUUUCCAGAACUGCGCCGGCGACGCGGCGGGCCGCUGAGGUAUCGUCACCCCGCUCGAUAUUUGCGUCUUCGCCCAUUCUUUAUCAAACACCCGAGGCGCGUCGCCAAGUGUCGGCGGCCGCGUCGAGGUCGCGGAUGAGAACGACGCCGCUCGGCAGGAAGUUCAGCACAACCGGGGCCUCGUCUGCGGAGGAGAUUCAGAUGCUGGGAACGGCUGUUCAGCUGACGGUGUCUACGCCGUCAGUGGAGGAGAACUCACCGCGUCAAUGGCCAAUCGCGCGGCAGCACGUAAGCCGGCACGAGGCAGGCACAAUAUUGCCGUCGCGAGUGGAGCGGCGUGUGGACAGUCGCAGGGCUCCCGCCGUGUCGCCUUCGCGGUGGCGCGUGAGUGGCCAUUGA